AUGGGCACCGCAGACAUCUUCUCGUUAGAUCCUUCCCCUUCUGCGAAUCUCGCGGAUGGCGACACGAAGCAGGUUUCAUCGCCGGUCGAUUGGACGGAGGACGAAGAGACGAAAGCGAAAUGGAAGUUAGAUUUGACCAUUAUGCCACUCCUGACACUCGGCUUCUUCUGCUUGCAACUCGAUCGAGGCAAUAUCGCGAACGCAAUAACAGAUACCUUCAUGGAAGACGUAGGCAUCACGCAAUUCCAAUUCAAUGUUGGCCAGCAACUGCUGUCCCUUGGGAUUGUUCUCUUCGAGAUUCCGUCAAACAUGAUUUUGUACAAGGUUGGACCGGGGAAGUGGUUGACCCUUCAGUUAUUUUUCUUCGGUUUGGUCAGUACGUUCCAAGCCUUCCAGCACAACUAUGCCGGCUACCUUGCAACCCGGUUUCUCCUUGGAGUUUCUGAAAGUGGUUACAUCCCUGGCGGUCUCUGGACCUUGUCAACAUGGUACACACGCAAAGAGACUGCCAAACGGGUUAUGAUAUUUUUCUUUGGCAACCAACUGGGCCAGGCCUGUGCAAAGCUAAUUGCGUAUGGAAUUCUACAUAUGAAGGGAGUAGCCGGGUAUCCUGGCUGGUUCUGGCUUUUCAUCGUGAUGGGAGCCUUCACUAUUGCCAGCGGCAUAGUACUAGGAUUUUGUCUCCCAGACGCGUUCCAUAACCCGCAUAGCUGGUUUCUGCCACAAGUCAACAUCUUUACGGAACGAGAGCUGCACAUAUUGCAGACGCGCGUGCGCAUCGAUGAUCCCAACAAAAUGAACAAGAAGCAACAUAUUGGGAUGGCUGCUUUCAAAAAGGCUUUCUCCAACUGGCGCAUAUGGAUGCAUGUUUUCAUCACUCUCGGCAAUAACGGCCCUUUUAGAGGUUUCGACACCUAUGGUCCGACCAUCAUCAGAAGCUUCGGCUUUCCCUCACUUACGAGUAAUGCUUUGGCUGCUGUGGGAUUGUUCCUUCAAGUACCAGUCUCUUUUGGAUUCAGCUACGUUUCCGACCGGUUUAACAAGCGAGGCGAGACUACGAUACUGGCAAUUGCAAUGCAUAUGUUCGGCUACAUUCUCAACCGCAUUUUCACGGAGAUCAACAAGCGAGGUGUGCGGUAUUUUGGAGUCGUCUGGACGCAGACGUUUGCCUCAUUCCCGCACCCUCUCAAUAUCACGUGGAUGUCGCUGACUUGCAAUGACCCGGAAGAGAGAUCAUUGGCUAUGGCGAUGAUUAUCAUGAGCGCGAACGUUGCGGCAAUUUAUGGAGCGCAACUUUUCCAGGCUGAUGAUAAGCCUCUUUACCGCAGAGCUUUCGACUCAAACAUAGGAAUUCUCGCUUUCGCGCUUGUUUUGGCGUGUAUCAGAUAUGGUCAUGAGUUUUACCAAAAGCGAAGGGCUUGA